AUGGACUUCCGGCUAACGCAGCCUCGGCUGAGUCCCGAGCACCAGGCGCUGUUCAAGCGCAUCGGACUCUGCCUGCUGGCUCUGGUGGUGGUGAUGACCACCGUGCUGCUGGUCCUGACCGGUAGCCACUACGGGUUGCCGCUGCGGCUACGAGGGGGCGCAAGCGCGGCCGAGCGCUUCACGCGUCGGGCCGCGCAACUGUGCAACUCCACCUCCUGCCGCCUGACCGCAACCAUGCUGAAGGAAACACUGGACCAGCGUGGGAGCCCGUGCGACAACCUGUAUGCAUACGUGUGCUCGGGAUGGUUGCAGGAGCCUGCGUUCACCACCACGCACGACAGGCAGAUGGCGCUGCUGACGUGGCACGCACGCUCCGGGCUAAGGCACAUCGCUCAGCGCGCGAACACCACGGACCACGUUGGCAAGCGACUGAAGAUGCCACCAAACCAGCAGCCCUCUACCACCAAUAACCAGCAGGGUGCACUGGGCCGUGGCCAGGUGACGUCGAGCUCGGCCAAGGCCGCCGUGCUCUAUAGCCGGUGCCUCGAGGCUUCCAUGGAGCACCGCGCCGAUGCCCUGGCCACCUUUCUACAAGACCUGGGCCUCGGCACUUUCAUUGCCGACGUCGAAUACCCGGUCGAGCUUGCCAUCAAGCUCGACCUAUAUUACGACCUGAAGACACUGUUCGACUUGCAUCGGCACCCGACGUGGCGGCGAAAGGAUGGCCGACCGCUGCUGUCCAUGGGCCGUCGCACUGACCUUGAACCGUGGCGGCGCGAGCGAAAUCGCAUGCGCCGCGAUCUAACAUACCUUAAGUUCGUCAAGAGAUACGUCAACGCACUUCUGGUGCAGGUUAACAACAGCACCGACACCAACGAGAAUGUGCACCAAGCCGGGAAUGUAGACCUAAUCGCGCAUCGCAUCACGACCACGGAAGAGGUCGUGCUUGCUAUGACCGCGCUCAUCCCCGACGAUGACCCCAGCCACUAUCAUGCCAUCGUUACCCUGAUGCCAAGAAGCAGCUCCUCCCUGUGGCCGCCAUCGCUGGCAAUCAACAACAUCAGUGAGGUGGCCGUGGGGCAUCCGGCCGUGCUUGGCUACCUGGACUUUCUGACGUAUGAUCUGCCACCCUCCGGCGCAACAGCCUACGUGACCUGGGAGCUGGUGCGUCAGUUGGUUCCACUGGCCGACCAGAAGUUUUCGCAAAGUACAGCUGAGGCCACCUGCUUCGAGGCCGUGUUCCGUCUCAUGCCUUACCCGAGCGUCAUACCGGGCAUGGAAGCCUUGGACUUGUUCAACGGUUGGCGGGAGGCUGAGGUCACCUUCAGAGGUGUCGCCGAGGCCUUGGUCAGCUUCAUGAAGGUGCACGGAGUCGCAGUCCGCGCCCAAGCGGCCACAUUCACACUGCCCCUCCCCACGACGCGCGACUUGGACGCCUUCUACGACGACCUGCGAGUGAGCGAGGACUACCGAGAGCGGUCCUUCCUGGAAGACUACUUGAUUGCGCUCUCUCAAAUCCGCAGCAAGGAGCUCCUCAGCGUGGCCUACGGGGACUCCGUUUCCUAUUACCCUCCUCCGCCCCCGGGGAGUCCACAAGUGCAGGUGACCGCGACCGCCAAGAGGCGCGUUCCUCUAACCUGGCUUUUCCCUCCGCGCUUCGGCGCCGACGCGCCCCCGUCGCUCAAUUACGGCGGAUUCGCGCUCCAAGUGGUCACCGCUCUUCUCCGCGGAGCGUCGCUCAACCGCUCGUGGCUUGAGUGCCUGCAGACGCUGGAGCCUCGAGUCGCCUUCGCGAGGGAAGGAGACAACAGCGACUGGGCUCGCCUGGUUCUGGCCACCGAAGUGGUAGCCGCGUUCGUCGACCGACACUCUGAGGUGGGCCAGCCGCUUGUACUUCCCGGGCUGGAGUUCCUCAGCGAGGACAUGCUCUUCUUCGUGUCUGCCUGCGCGGGAUCGUGUGCCAAGGGAGACCCGAGCGCCCCCUACCGCUGCAACCUCAUCGCGAAGAGCUCGCCAAAGUUCGCACAAGCCUUCGGCUGUUGGCGCGGUUCUCGCAUGAGCCCACCAAACCUCUGCCUGUACUCGAACCGAACGAGAUAGGGCGAGUAAAGAAAAAGAGG